GCACAUCGAGCACACUUCAACAUCUUAUCUUAUCACCACUUAGAUCUUCAAUUCUUCUGGAAAUUUCUUAAUUGUUACUCAAGCAGAAUCAACUCUGUAUAUCCAAUAUCUAUUUUCCUUCUGUCAUAGAGUUCGUAUCCCAUUUCCUCUACUCUUAAAUGUCGUUAAUGUAAACACUCUCAUACUACCGUAUCACAAUGUCCACCAGCCACCCUUCGUCUCCACUCCCCUCACUCCCUCCAUCUCGUGACUUCAUGACUUCUCUCUUCAACAGUCUUACUUUUCCAAAUGCUUCGCCUACACAAACCUCAAAUCCAAAUCCAAAUCCAGAUUCGGAUUCAAAUUCAGCUUCCGUCGCACACCCACAGCGGCUUUCCAGGGAGAAUGAGAGGGAUGAUGGAAAGCAAACUCAAAAUCCGUUCAAGCAAUUGGAUGCGCAGAAAAAGGCAUUGUUGAUGACGCUACAUGUUAUUUUCCCACCGCCGUUGCUAUUGCACGCGUUGGAUUUGUUGGAUAGAGGGGGGGUGACGAGGGUAAUUUUGAGGGAGGAGGGGGAGAUAGGGGGGAGAGCAGGUACUGGGGAAGGUGUAGAGCAGAGGAAUAGCAGGGAGAGGAAGGGUACGGAGAAGAAAUCUAGUGAUGCGGGAGAGCAAGAGCAAGAGAGUAGUCGGGAUAUGGAAGGCGGAGAUAUAGAAGUAGGAGAGUCAGAUAUCGACGCCCACAAGCAUAAACUCUCUCUUCUCCACCCCUCUCCAAGUCACCCCUCUCCGAAUCCGCCUCCCCCAAAAUCAAAACAAAAACAAAAACAAAAACCACUCUACCAAGUGCGCUCCUCGCAGCCCUCAAAAUGGCAUUCCUCGCGCUCCGCGUGCGGAGCAGGAGCAGGGACCGCGCAUGCACAUGCAGCUGCAGAAAAUACAUACGCCGUACAUCUCGGCGCCUGGAACUGCAGCUGUGCCGCAUUUACAUUUGCUGCUUUUCCUGCUUCCAUUUCCACUUCCACUUCCACUUCUACUUCCCUCGCGUCUUCUUAUUUUCCAUGGGACUCGGAAGUCUCUCCGGACGAAGAGCAUCCCAUUCCCGAGCAAAGGGAAAAAGAGCAGGAGGAAACGUGGCGAUAUGGAGGCUGGACGAAAACAUCCCACGUACCUAUCUGUAAACAUUUAUUGGCGUGUUUGUUGGUUGAGAGGUGGGGCGAUGUACUAGGGACGUGUGUACGAGAGAGGGUUGUGGGGAGGGAGGAAAUGGGUGGGCUGGUUGUCUGAGGGGAACGGGGAAGAGGGGAGGUUGGGAUGGGCUAUGGAAAGAGAGGCGUUAGGGGCGGGGGAGAUGUAGAGAAAAUGCGGUAGAAAAUA